AUUAUCAAUUAUUGAUUUCUCAUAAUGUAUAAAAAGAGAAUAGGAAUGCUUAUGCUUUUCUUCAUUCUCAUGUACACUUCCUUUAUUUCGCGCUUCUUUGCUUUGUAAUACAAUUCAAAGAUCAACCACUUUUUAGAAACGUGGUUGACAAGAGCACACGUUUAACUUAAACAUAGUGUCAUAUUAUUUUAUCUUUAUCAAUAUAAUAUCAAAAUUUAUUUGUAUUCUUUAAUCGUCAAAACCAUAUCGGUACAUAUAUAUAAAUUUAAUUCAUUUCAUAAACGUGUUUUGAAAAGGUGCAUUCGUUUUCACAUUUCUAUAGUAUAUGAACUUAAAAUUAAUGUGUAAAUAAUAAAAGAAAAUUCUAGUAACAUUAUAAAAAAAUAAUCAUUGAAUAAAUACAUUUAAGUACAAUGUCAAAGUCAAGAAAAACUAAAACACGACGUGAUAGUGAAUCAUUGGAUGUUAAUACUAAGAGAAUGAAAAUGUCAAAUGAAGAUGACAAAGACACAGAAAAUAGUAUUGCACUUAAAGUAGAUGUAACAGUUAUAGAUAUUCCUGAACAAUUGUUAACAUUAGAACGUAACUUGGCUACAGAGCUAGGAAAAAUUACUUUUCGUGGACCUGUAGAAUAUGUUUAUAGCCCUCUUGAAUAUGCAUUUAAUAUACAUACUAUGUAUGUUAAAAAAUAUUGUUCCACUACGAAAAAAAUCUUAUUUCUUGGAAUGAACCCUGGUCCUUGGGGUAUGUCUCAAACUGGUGUUCCAUUCGGAGAAAUACGUAUGGUUCGUGAUUGGUUAAAGAUUUGUGGGCCAGUUGGAAAACCUGCUAAAGAACAGCCAGAUAGAAAAGUGACUGGAUUUCAAUGUACACGCAGUGAAAUUAGUGGAAAAAGAUUGUGGGGACUUUUUCAAGAACUGUGUGGAAAUCCAGAAAACUUUUUUGAACAUGCAUAUAUACACAAUUAUUGUCCUAUUGCGUUAAUGGAUAAAAAAGGACGCAAUAUUACACCAGCAGAAAUAAAGGGAGGUGAAAUACAAAAGAUACAUUCCGCUUGUGAUAAAGUUUUGGCAGAUACAAUUCGACUGCUGAAGAUUGAAAUUCUUGUUGGUAUUGGUGGGUACGCAGAAAAACGUGCACAACUUGUAGUGCAAUCUUCCAAAUUGCCUACUAAGGUUCUAUGUUUACCUCAUCCAAGUCCAAGGGCUGCAAACAAUAAAAAUUGGAGUGAAAAGGCAACAAAAAAACUAAUUUCAGUUGUAAAACAUGGUCUACAAAGUUGACAUUCUACACGGAAACAAUCAUUACAUUCUGCACAAAGUUUUGGGAGAACUACUAAGUUUUUAUCGGCUACCAUCAUUUCAUCCUCCAUCUUACUUCUGAAAUAAAAAGAUAAGUUUAUGAUCACUUCUGACUUAACUUUAUAUUAAUUUUAUUCUUAUAAUCACCUUAUCUUUAGAGAAUCUUUCUUGACUCUUUGCCCCACACCUACUAAAGCAAACAUAUUAUACACAACUUGCUCAUAAAGCAACUGAUUCGGUGGAUAAUGGGCAGAAGAUAAGUUCGGUGACAUAUUGGCUUCCAUGGUGUACACAUUCAGAUUUUCAUCAAGAGCAAAAUCGAAUCUAACCAGUUCAAAGAAAUUUCUUCCGUUUCCAUAAUAUUUCAUAGCUUCCUUGAUAUAACUUUCCUUUGACAAGAUUAUUUCUUUUAUCGCUUCGUGUACACCAUUCCAUACUUUCUGCGGGUCGUACCCCUGUGAUCUUACAUAAGCAUCGAAUGAUUCCUUCAUUGAAAAUCCUAACUUAGUGUAAUAUUGUUUCAAAGAAGGAACAUUCCAUAUUGGCAAAUAAUCAUCCCCAACUACAUACUUGUCUAAUACUUCUGGAUCAAAUGGAUAAUACUUGAUAGGGCAGAACCUAAAUAGAACGUCACCUUUGUACGCAUAUACUCUAAGGGGAUCAAUUGAAGUAAUUACAGUAUACACUCCAAUAUCAAACUUGUAACCAUCAACAAGAAAUGGUUGCUGUAUAAAUUCUUGUACGAAUGAUCCAGUUACUGUCAAGUUUAUGUCGCUUGUAUUUUUCACUCUUAUGCCGCGAUGAUCAUUAGAUUUCUCCACAAAAGUUUUCUCAGGAUGCUCAUUAGCAUAUUUUAAAAACUCAUCCCGCUGUUCCGGUAGCUUAAACGCUGGAAGGAUGUGCCGACCUUCUGUUGUAGACAAAUCUACCUUGUUUGUAAUGUAUCCACAACCGGGAAAAUGAUUAACACGUUGAUGGUCUUCUAAUUUGCUUAAGUUGGACGAUAAAAUUCUGAAUGGAUAGUCAUGGGCCCAUAGUAAGUCCCAGUUUGAAUCAUUGUCGGUUCGUUUAAAACCCAACCGGUCUAGUACAAUGAAAACAUGCUUCAAGUAUCCAGUGUCCUUGUUUCUUGUGUAUAUCCUGUAUAUUGGUCUCUUUUCUUCUAUCUUUAUUAUUUUCGUCUGUAUUGUUAUUAAGCUUUCCUGAUAAUGUAGAAAGGCGAAAAAGAGACAAUAUAAAAUUAUUGGACCUACUAUAGAGUAUAGAAAGAUUUUCAGCAGCGUUUUUACUUUCAAACUCAUAAUUUGGGUGUAGACUAUAUGAUCGGCAUCCUGCAAUGUUAAAUAAAUCAUUUAAAACGUUCGCUCGAUUAAUAGAUAUUUAAUAAUAAAAUGAAUAUUUAUUGAAUACUACGAACCACUUUUUUAUCUUCUUUUUUCUGUUUCUUCUCAUCGGACAUGAUAGAACAUACAAUUCUAGUAUCAUUUGUCGAUGCACCUGCGACUGAGUGCAGAGUAGUUGUGUUUAAAACGCUAAGUCGUAGUCAACGAAAGUACCGUUGUAAUUACCCCCGCUAUGUCGAUCGCCUCUUAAGUAGGACAUACGUACUGGAACCGGUUCUUAUUCAUAGAUCAUCUACUAUAAUUCUAUUUUUCCAAUACUUUAUCGAAAUACUUGAAAAUAAUUGUUAGAAAAAUAUAAAUCCUAGUAUAUUCUUUUAGUUAUGCAUAAUUAAAAUUAUUGUACUCAGUGACGUAGUCCGAUUUUUGCAAUACAACCUUGGCACAUCUGUAAA